AGCAUAUGACGACAGUCGACAGGUGUUGGCUAAUGCCGAGUGACGCUACAAAUAUUCAGUUAUUCAGCGUACGCGUACGUGUUCGGUUCGUCCAUUGUAUACGCGGAAAAUUUUAUUUGGUGCGAUAAUAUAUAAAAUCGAAGUUGAUUUUGCUGCAUUUUUGCAGUGCAGUGCAAAUAAACCGUUGGAAAAUGUAAAUCUGUCGUGACUUUCAUUUGAAAGCAAUUAAAUGAAAAUAAUAGAUUUGUCUGGCCCACACAGAAGAGCAUAGAAAACGUAUUAUUUGAGCGUAGAAUCAGCACCCUUCAAAGUAGCCCAUAUGGUAGCGGCGCAGCUAGAGCCGUGAGCGUCAGCGUGAAUAGCCACAUUCGCACAUUUUCCAACACUUUACGGUGAACAGGUGCACACACCGACACACGCACUCACCCACACGCAGCGGUGAAACUACUUUACUCACGCUACGAACGCUAUGAAGUCCACCUUGAUUUGGUUAUUGCUGGCCGGUGUUGGCGCCGUACUGCUGUUGGGCGACACCGUCGACGCCUGGAAUCGACAGUUCUUCAAUCGCUACUCUCGCAGCUGGCUGCGCAACAACGCUGAUGGGCCGAUUGGUGGUGGUGGCGGCGGUGGCUUUGUAACCGGCCUGGGCGGAAGUGCCGGCAAUGCGCAGCAAAUUGACGACUUUAAUGCACUCUUCGGUCUCGGCAACGAUAUGAGCUUGCAUGGCAAUGGCGGCAGUGUGACCACUAAUGGCGGCAGCGUAGGCGGCAAUAGAGGUGCUGGCGGCGGCGGCGGUGGUGGUGUUGGUUACGCCACCUACGGCGCGGGCUAUGAUGUGGACACAGGUGGUUUUGGUGGUCAACAACAGCAGACGGAGAUAUAUGGCAUCGUGGAACCGUUAAUAGAGGAUACGCCGUGCGUGGAUCGCGCUUGUCAGGUCAAUGAUGAUUGCUGUCCCACAGGUGUCUGCGUCAAUACCUACGGUGAAGGUAAAUGCAUUUACGUUUACGGGCGUAAACGCGAUCUCUGUCAUCGCAAUACGGACUGUGAGCUGGGCAUGUCGUGCCUGAAGAGCGCAGCUGGUAAUCUGAUGUGUCAGCCGAGUGCAUCUACGGCUCAUCUAUUGAAUGCGGUUGGCGGUGCUGGUGUUGGUAUUGGUGAUGGUGGCAGUCUCGUCGGCGCUGGUGGUGCUGGUAAUAACGCUGUUGGCUUCAAUGUUGGCGCAAAUAUGGCAACAGCUCCCAAGUUGACGUUGAAUGCGAAGCAAUUUGGCGAAGAUUGUAUAUCGUCGAGCGAUUGUAAUGUGAGCAAGGGUUUAUGCUGUCAACUACAACGCACCCACCAUCGCAUACGUCCACGCAAAUUAUGCGCUUACUUCCGGGAUCCUUUCAUGUGCAUCGACAUUAUGCCAGCCGACGAUGAGGAAAUGCGCGACUCACGUUUCCUAUCCGCCUUCAGUCAGCGGCGCAUGUAAUGAGGAGAAGUAAGUUGAAGAGGAAACAGGAGGAGUAAGUUGAAGAGGAAGCAGGAGGAGUAAGAUGAAGAGGAAGAAGGGGGAGUAUGAAGAGGAAAAAGAAGGAAAAAGAAGAAGGAAGGAACAGGAAAGAAGGAGAAAGAAAUAAAGCAGAGGAAGGUAGUAGAUGGAAGGAAUAAAAGAAGGAGAAAAGUACACAACACGCAUGGAUAUGAAAACAUUUACACACAUAUAAACAGUUAGCGUGGAGUCACCGAUUAAAUCAUAAACAUAUACAUACACACACCCAUACAGAAAUGUAUACUUUCAGUCAGCGCGUGUGAAAUUCAAACAGGACACACUCGAGCCGGCGCGAUAUGCAAUGUAAACGGAGGCAAUGAAGAAAACAAUCAUAUUGAACUACGAUUUUGAGAAGAAAAACAAAAACAAAAAUUACAAAGAAAUCCCAACAAGUUUUAAGAUCACAACAAGAUAUCAAGCAAAGUUAAACUUAAAUUCUAAGAAAAAUAUCAAUUAAAAUUAAAAAUAAAAAAAUAAAGGAAAGCAAAUUGAAAAAAAUUGCAAAAACAACAUAUCAUUUAUGCGAAGAAUGCAUUGAAAAUUGUUUGACUGCAAGAAAUUAUAGCGAAAAUUGUUAAUGCUAUUAGCACACAUACACACAUACUCAAUGAAUUAUAAAUGUAUUACAAAUUGUAUUAUUGUAACAAAGUAUAUAUACCCAAAGAGAUCAUACAUAUAUAUAUUUAUGUAUAUAAGCAAAUAUAUAUACAUACAUAUAUGUUUUAAUGUGCGCAAUGCAAUAAAAACAACAACAUGAACAUUUAAUUUGAAAACUUCAGAGAAAAUUUCCAAAAAAAAUUAUAAAAUUAAAAAACAAAAAUAAUAUUAAAAUUAAAAAAAAAUUAUAAUAAAAUAAAAAAAAAAUCAUAAAAUAAAUAAAAUUUCAAGUUUAAAUGUAAAGUAGCGGAAAAUGUUGUAAAAAAAUCAUAUGUAUGUAUAUCAAAUAUUAUUAGUAAUAAAUACAAAAAAAAAAAUUAAAAAAUUAAUUGCAAUGAUUUGCUGACAAAAAACACAAAUUAUACUGGCUGAGGCAUAAUUAUAAACAUAUAUAAAAAUCUAUAUAUAAAAAAUAUAAUUAAAAAAUAUAUAUAUAAAUAUUAUUAAGUGCAUUUAAACAAAAAUAACGCGUUAAACCAAAGAGAAAUAACACUAAUAUUAAGUUUAUGAAAUAAUAUAAAACGCAAUUAAAAAAAAUUAUUAAAUUUAUUGCAAUUAUGGCAGAAGAAGUAUUGAACUAAUGCAUAUCCCUUAAUGAGUCAAUCAUUUGUGUAAAUCUCAAUGUAUUAACAUAUAUAUGCUAAGUAAUUAAAAAAAUAAUUCACGUGUAAA